AUGGUUGAAGUGCUGCUUGCAAGUGAGCACUAUACCAACAACUCUCACCACAGCGCUUUAGAUGACUUCCGCGACCUGUUUGACGAAUUCGCCGAGCAGAGUGGGAUUCAUUAUACUAAAAGGAAUUUCCGCGAGCUCGAAACUUAUAUUAGUGGAUUGCCUGUAGCUAGAUAUGGACUUCGGUAUACCGACUGCGAGCAGUUCCGUCAGUUUCUGAGUGGUAUCAAGGCUCAACGCUACCACCUCCAGUAUGCGUCGGUAAAAUGCGGAGCAAUGACAUAUUCAUAUUGCAUGGCGUUUGCUUGUAAUCCCUUCGAUUAUACAAGACUUAAUUCUACACCAGCCGCAUGA